AUGGGCCUCUUCGGUUUAUCAAAAGAGGCAUCUCCUCCCGCGCCGAAAAUCUCCUCCGAUGGCACACCAAUAGCUCCCGAUCGAAGCCAACGCGCCAGAUGUUGGGAGGCAAGAGAUGCAUACUUUGUGUGUUUGGAUAAGAAUGGGAUAAUCGAUAGCAUUUCAGAAAAAGAUAAAGCUGCAAAGACAUGCGCUGCAGAAGGGAGAGGCUUCGAGGCUAAUUGCGCGUCGAGUUGGGUCACGUACUUCAAGAAGCGGAGAGUUAUGGAAUAUCAACGGAAUCAGACACUGGAGAGGCUAAAGGCUGAAGGAGCACAAGAGAUGCCGGGCCAACUAGGCCCCGGGGGCCAGCAGCGCUCAUAGGCCGACCCACUACCUUGGGGAUUGUACAGUAUAUAUACGCGCAUAUGGGAUGGAGUUGGGGUUGGGGGACAUUCAAUACAUCUCUUCACAGACUCAUUGGUGGAUCCAUCAAAUGUUGGGAUCCAGAUCAAAGUGAUGUAUACAGCAUGUGGUGCCUCCACAGCAAACUCAAAGUCUCAUGUGCUAAAAUGCACAGGUCCUGCAGAACCGCAUUCUUGUUGGUCAGGUCUCAGAAGCCCAGCCGUUUUGGGUGCCAACCUCUCUGCACAGCACAUGUACGGAGGUAUUGUCCUAUCUGCUUGCUACGUUGUCGAGUCUUGUUGCUUUUGUUGCUUUCCGUCAUAGGCUUCAAGCGAAAAUAAAAAAGAAUCCCAGAGAUCAGACGUUCCGAG